AUGCGUACCGCGACCUGCGCACAAUUCAUGAAGCCGUGGAGUGAAGAUGUAGAUGACUACCCCAUCCAUGACAAUGAUGAGUACCCAGCCAAUUCACCCGAAACGUGUGAACAGCAGGAUGGCCGAGUUGUGGGAACUCGUGAGUCGACCCCAACCGCACGAUGCUGCUCCCCGCGUAGAAGAGCCGCGCCUGCGCGCUGCACCGCCUGUACCGGCAGCGCCGCAUGUUCCAGAACAUCGAAGAAGGCCCAGUCGGUAACGUACAUCAAGUCUGAUCAAGUCGCUGAGUGA